AGUUCUCUACUGCGCAUGCGUAUAGUAGCAUGGUGUCACUGACUGUACCAGCUGGGGAAGUUUUUAAAUUAUUAACAUAGUAAAGUUUUAAUGAGCGAUAUGGGUUGUUAACUGUGGAGUUUUUAUAAGAUUUAAGCUCUAAACAGAGAAAGUAUCAUACAGAAGCAGAACGAGAGCCAUGACAGCUAACGAGGAUCAGGAGAUGGAGCUGGAGGCUCUUCGCUCCAUCUAUGAGGGGGAUGAGGGUUUCAAGGAAAUCAGUCCAGUGUCCUUUCAGUUUAGGAUAGGAGACCUUGAGGACACCAAAGCAUUCAUCCUGGACAUCACAUGGCCAGAGACGUACCCUGAGACGGCCCCACAAAUCUCCCUCGAUGCCUUUUUCAACAACAGAAUCUCUGCAGAGACAAAGCAGCUGAUCUUGUUAAAGCUGGAGGAGCAAGUGGAGGCUAACCUGGGGACCGCGAUGAUGUACACCCUGUUUGAAUGGGCCAAGGAAAACCAGGAAGCCCUCAUGGAGAACCAUAAGCCUUUAGUGACUGCUGUGACGUUGACAUCCAGCAGUGAGGUAACAACUACCAGCUCAACAGCCAAGAAGAAGGAAAAGAAAGAACAGCUGACUAAAGCUCAGAAGAGAAGGAUCAUCAACAGAACAGAUAACAAGGGAGAACUGCCAAGAGGUUGGAACUGGGUUGAUGUUAUCAAACAUUUGAGUAAAACAGGAGGAAAAGAUGACGACUAAGCCUUAGGGCAGUGAUGUGGUGCUGCUUUACACAAGAAACUGUAGUGAAGUCUGUAAUCACUGCAGCCUGUUGAUGCUGCAGCCUAGAAGCCUUCACAUUCAACCUCACCAACAUGUUACACUCACAAUGGCUGCUUCCACCCUGACAACCAAAGCAGGCUGGGUAACAGUGGACUUCAGGAUACACAUACACUCAGCCAAAAUGAGACUUUAAGCUGGGAUUUCUCAGAAGCCCUUGCUGUGUUUUAUGUGUUUGUUGUUUUUGUGGAAAGCAGCCACGUCAAGAGGAACACGUGAUCAGGUUUUCUUCAUUCACUUAGCCCUCAGAUAUUCUGCUCAGUCAUCCAUCAGGGUGGAGUGUGCUUGAGUUCUUGCUGUCACUGCCAUGUUUUCAGUCAGUGAGAUUAACCCCAGCUGUCAGGCACUGAGACAUAAAUGUUGGAUUGUGGUUCGAAAUGGAUGUGUCAAAGUGUCAAGUAGCAUUCUGCUCUUACUCUGAGGUAUGUGAUUUUGUGAAAGCUGAGAAAUUUCUAAUAACACAAAAUGCUUCUCCUUUCACCAUUUUCCCCAUUUUCUUAUUUUGACAAAUGUUUCCUUUUCCCUUUGAAUUGAAAAACUUAAAUUUUUUAUAUAUAAAUAAAACACACUUGGUCUGCU